UUCGACGACCACCAAACAUUCGACACUUGCACUCAUUCUCCCGGCGGCGAUCACCAAAUCACACAGUGCUUCUCCGAGAAGAAGGGGCUUCUGUUCGAAGCGCUUCUGAGCGAGGACGUGGUUCGGGCGGAGAUCGCGAAAUCGGCCGCGCGCCGACGGGAGUUGAUGCGGCAAAUGGCCCAGGACCUCCACAGCCUUCCGGUCGACGACAACGCCGUCGACGCCUUCGAGUCACGCGUCGGCGAGAAGCUCCCGUUCGGGGGCUUCGCGAUCGUAGCCCACGCGAAGGUUUUCCACAGCGGUGCCGACAAUCGGCGCGACGGGCUGGCGCAGGCGUCGGAGGUCAAACCUGGCGCCUAUCGCCUCGUGGAGUAUGAGACAACACAGCAGGCGCUGUACCUGAAGGCCAGGUGCGGGAAGUACUGCGACAAAGAGGCCUUCGCACUUUCCGUGCGGCGAUUGCAAGCAGUUCAUGCCGACGAGGACCUUGGCUAUCUGCGCCACCUCAUGCUCCUUCGGCCGCCCCCGGCGCUGAUCUUCGAGAGCAAGACGCCGCAGCCGCGCGCGGCGCCCCCGCUGGGCGAUGCCUUCGGUUCGGAGACAGCGUUACAUUGGGAGGUGUUGAACAACUGCGAUCUGGACUCGCUCCGCGCGGCUGCCCUCGGCGUCGCACUUCCCUGCAACGGCUUCGCCAUUGAAGUCCGUCGGCGCGAUCUCAUUCACUCGCCUGCAGAGGGCGUCGGGGCGCGCCGCUGCGACCCGAUGGGCGGUGCCGAGGGGGCAAGCGAAGGUGCCUGCACGCGUUUAAAUUGGGCUCUCAGCGCCUUGGGGGAACAGGUUCCAACCGACAUGGCAGGGCAUUUCCGCGCCCUGGAGCACGGAAACGCUUGGCUGGCAGAACGUGGCGUGCGCGUGCUUCCUCAGCCGCGCGGCCCCAACAGCCCUGGGCGUUACGUCAAGUGGGAGCCAUUGCCCAGGAAGACCCGCCAGAAACAGCGCGUCGGGCACUUCGUGGCAGUCGUCGUGCAUCGCGAUGGCGUCACAGUGACAGAUCGGAAGAGCGGGAGGUACGCUUCGCAGGAAUAUUGCUCUGCGGAUGAUAUCCCGGGCGUUCAGCGCCACAUGUGGUUUCUCUUGCAGGACGUCGCUCCCGACGCGGGGGCCCUCGCGGAGUGCGUGCCGGAUUUGCAGCGCGAGAUCGACGCGGAUGAUUUGACCGAGAGCAUUUUGGAACGUUGGGGGCCCGCGGAUUUUCAGCGAAUUCUCCGGCGGCGUGGCGACUUCAUAUUUGCUCACGAGGUGGAGGGCGAGCCCGACAACAUGCUCAGCGUCGUCGCCAAGGUCCGCGCCAAGGCGGCCGAGCUAAUCGCACAGCGGCCGACGUUGCCUGACGAAGGCGAGAAGGGCGCCCUCAAUGUCAUCGCUCUCCAUAUGCGAUGGAAGACCGCCUGUGGAGUUCAGCGCGGGACCGGCGUGCGCCGGCUCGAGUUGGCAUUGCUGAAGGCGGCCGCCAUGUUCGCGGAUAUCAUGGGCAAUUGCGUGACCAAGGACGUGACGGCCGUGUUCGAUGUGAUGUUAGCUCAACCUAGGAGGGCGUCAACCCUGGCGCCCAUUACUUCGAUCGACACCAAGGAGUUCCGCAGUGCGAAGCCGGUGGGAUUCUCUGCGUGGGCCAUGGGCGCCUUCAAAAACAUGUCGGUGGUUGCAAUCCGUUUCGUUGGGGGGAGUUCCUAUGGCUCGCCGGUGGAAAUGGUCGGCAUAUGGAAGCAGGAGGAGCGCCCGGAGCAGCCCAGCACCGUGGUCGUUUUCGAAGAUGCGUGUGUUAAGAUUCGCCCAGAGAAGCCAGAGAACAGCGCCGAGCGCAUGCAGAAUGUCGCGAAGUCGAUCGAGCACAAAUCGUGCUUCUUCAUCCCGUGCAGCAUCGUGCUGGAGCUCUCCCUGGAAGCACUUGCUUUCAUGAACCAAGUGAUGCCUCCAGUCCUCUUCCUCGAGUACGCGGACGGUGGGAGCUCGAAGUCGGCGCGGACGUUGUUGAGAGACAACGUGUGGCGGGGGCACCACGAGGUAGUCUCUCCGCGGUGCUUCCAGGAGCCCGACGAGUCCCGCAGGCAGGGGGGGCAGUUCGCGCCAGCGGAAAUCCUUACCAUUCAGGAGUGCGCCCCCGGGGGGCCCAUGGUCGAGGACGUGAUGAAGUCUUUCAUCAGCGGAGAUCGUUUGAUGUGCCGGCCCCUGUUCGGCACGAUCACUGCUUAUUACCGCUGGAACCGCGCGGCGCGCUUCUGGGAGGUUAACUGGGGUUUCCCCAGCAUGUCAGGCAGCCCAGAUGACGUCAGGAAGCUGUGCGCCUUCGAGCGCCGCAUCAGGGUUGUGAAGCUCCUGGCGACGUUUACCAGUGACCCAGCGAAGGUCGACGUUGAAAACCGCAUCUUCAAAGAGGACACCGAGCUGGGCGAGCUCUUGGAAAGCCCAUUUGCUCGGCAGGCUUAUUUGGAUACAAAUUUGAUUCCGUGGAUUUUAGAGCACUCUGCGUCGGAGUGCAGUGCAGUGGUGAUGACUCCGCCGCCCGAGAACCUCAAUGAGAGCAGGCUCAUCGUGGCCGCCAUGGCCAGCGGCGGCCUCCAUGUGCCAGAGUCGUUCCGAGCGCCGGAGGAGGGCGCUGCCGCGACGGAGAGCGCCGAGAAGAUAUUUCGCGACGUUCACGCUAAACAGGCGGCCAACAGCAUCAUCAAGACGCACGCGAUCGAGCAGGCGGGCGGCGCCGCAGUCUUCGGCGGAGGGUUCGCCCCCUGGCGCAGCGCGCGGGAAUGCAGGGAGUUUCAUCGGGAUCGCCCCGAGGGCGGCGACGCCGAAGACGCGUCAGAGAUCGCCGUCCGCAACCAGUGCGGGUCUCUCAUGGGGACGUGCAACUACCAGAGGUUGUCUGAGAAGGUGGAUUCGGGAGAGAUUGCCGACGCAGGCUACGCGAAGAUGCCGAUGCAGCGGAGCGUCCGCUGCGGCGGCGGCAUGGCGCAGAUCGAGGUGCCGUGCUGCCGCAAGUUCGGCAUCCCUGGCUGUCGCCUGGCCCAGCGCCCUUCCCUGCAGUGGAUGGUCCGCGACGACAGGGCAGUCGCGCUGUCGCUGGAGCCAUCGAUUUCCUUCCAGGGCGGGAAGGAAUCGUGGGAGACCAAGACGGCUGACAUCAACAACUGCUUUGUUGCCCUCAUAGUCAAGGAGAUCGAGCAGGUGUGCCAGAUGAAGGAGGAAUUGCCUGCCCUCGCGGCGUUUGCCGCCAACUGCAAGGCAUGGCGCUCGGCUCUCGCCGCCUACAUGUCAGCGUCCGCGAGGGUGGCAAAGAAGCCCCUGGUCAAGAGCGUGCACCUGGGCAAGCCAGAUUGCGACCUCCCGUUCCUGUGGAAUCUUUCGGUGGGCAUGCACACGGCGGUGGACUUGCUGCUGGCCCAGGACAAGUUCACAUGCAUGGAAGGCCGCUUUGAGAAUCGCCGCUGUCCUCCCGCAUCGAAGCUCCACUACGCCCUGAGCUCGAUCGAGGACAUGGUCUUGGCAGACCUGGAUGCCGAGGCGGCUUCCAUCCACGGGGUGUCUGUGAACGCGUGCAUGUUUGACGGUGCCAUGUUCUUGACGCCCGAGGACGCCGUGGCCGAUCUCCGCGCGGCAGCAAAUGCCGUCGCAGCCAAGUGUGGGCUGCGCAUCACCGUGGAAGUGAUCGGCGAUGGCCACGCUUAG